GGGGUUGUGUAUGCCCCUCGGCUGCCGCGCGGGAAGCCGAAGUGCGAUUGGUGCCCCAGGGAGCCAGGUUGCUGGGGGAAGUUUGUGUGGCACCCAGCCGUUCCAUUUUGUCGACAGAAAGAAAGGGGGGAAACUGGCAGAAAGCAAAAGCUUUUGCUGCUGGGUCUCUGACUAUGGCUCCCCAGGGACUGCUGCCUUCUAGGAUGGCUCUUCGGGGCAUGCUACUCGGGUUGCUCAUGGUCUCCUGCUUUACCUUCUGCAGUAGCCAUCAAAACUCGAAGGAGUUUGCACUAACCAACCCAGAGAAGAGUACCACCAAAGAAACAGAGAGAAAAACCAAAGCAAAGGAGGAGCUGGAUACCAAGGUUCUGGAGGUGUUUCACCCAACCCAUGAGUGGCAGGCUCUUCAGCCAGGUCAGGCUGUCCCUGCAGGAUCUCACGUGCGACUGAAUCUCCAGACUGGGGCGAGAGAAGUGAAACUCCAAUAUGGGGACAAAAUCCAAAAUAAUUUGAAAGAGUCGAAAAAAGGCAAAAGGCUGGACAUCAAUACCAAUGCCUACACAUCUCAAGACCUCAAGAGUGCGCUGGCAAAACUAAAGAAGGGGGCAGAGAUGGAGAGUUCAGAGGAAGACAAGGCAAGGCAGGCUGAGGUAAAGCAGCUCUUCCGCCCCAUUGAGGAGCUGAAGAAGGACUUUGCUGAACUCAAUGUCGUCAUUGAGACUGACGUGCAGAUCAUGGUACGGCUGAUCAACAAAUUCAAUAGUUCCAGUUCCAGCUUGGAAGAGAAGAUUGCUGCGCUCUUUGAUCUUGAAUAUUACGUCCAUCAGAUGGAUAAUGCUCAAGACCUGCUUUCCUUUGGGGGCCUUCAAGUGGUGAUCAAUGCCCUGAACAGCACAGAGCCCCUGGUGAAGGAGUAUGCUGCAUUCGUGCUUGGGGCUGCCUUUUCCAGCAACCCAAAGGUCCAGGUGGAGGCCAUUGAGGGAGGAGCCCUGCAAAAGCUGCUGGUCAUCUUGGCCACCAAGCAGCCUCUUGCCACAAAGAAGAAGGUCCUGUUUGCUCUGUGCUCCUUGCUGCGGCACUUCCCCUACGCUCAGCAGCAGUUCCUAAAGCUGGGGGGGCUGCAGGUCCUGAGGAGCCUGGUGCAGGAGAAGGGCACGGAGGUGCUGGCCGUGCGCGUGGUCACUCUGCUCUAUGACCUGAUCACUGAGAAGAUGUUUGCCGAGGAGGAGGCUGAGCUGACCCGUGAGACCUCCCCAGAGAAGCUGCAGCAGUAUCGCCAGGUGCACCUCCUGCCAGGCCUGCGGGAACAGGGCUGGUGUGCGAUCACCGCCAGUCUCCUGGCACUGCCUGAGCACGAUGCCCGUGAAAAGGUGCUGCAGACUCUGGGCACCCUCCUGGCCACCUGCCAAGACCACUACCGUCAGGACGCCCAGCUUAGCAGGACGCUGGCCAGCUUGCAAGCGGAGUACCAGGCGCUGGCUGCUCUGGAGCUCCAGGAUGGCGAGGAGGAGGGCUACUUCCAGGAACUACUGGGCUCUAUCAACAGCUUGCUGCAAGGGCUGAGAUGAAGCUCCCGCUCACACCGGACUGGGCUGGGGUGCUGCUAGGGAGGCUGAUGGGCACCAGCUGGGUGGGACUCUGCGGGACACCAGGCAGGAGGGAAGACUUCCCUCUGGGGCAUGGGGAUCAUCUGGACAGUGCUAACUUGGCCAUUAAAUGGAGGCAUGAGGGCCAUUGUCUGUCUGCUUACUGUGUGUCUGUAUCUUAGCUAGUGCAGACCACUCCCCCAUCAGUGGUAGUUAGGGGAGCCAUUAGGUGACAUGCUGGAUGUUCAGCCCAGGGCAGCCCCAGUAACAGGCCCCAUGGGAGUGGUCUGGGCUCAGAAGUUGGAAACCCCUGGCUGGGACCCAGCUUUUCACACCCAGUAGCUCUGUGACCUUGGGAAGUCACUUCUCUGAGCCUGUUCCUCAUCUGUCAAGGGGAGUGCUAUUACAUGAGAGAAAGCUUGCAUAAACCAUGACACCAAAUGCCUCCACCCUGGCUACAAGGGAAGGUGGGGGCAUCUUCUCACUGCCUUCUCUGCCCUGUGACCAGGUAAAAGCAUCUAGGCCACUGGUGGUGGUGGAAGCUCGAGGACAUCCCACGUGCAAGGGAUGCUCAUCAGCUCGGGCAGCUGAUGGCCACAGGAGCCAUUGGGGAUGGGGCCUCAGUGAAGAAAGGACACUGAGGCAGAUCCCAGACCCUGGAGGCCCUUGGGUGUGGACCUUACAUUGGGAGAGGAGGGGUCUUGUUAAAGCUGGCAGUGGGGGCCUUGGCUAGCUCAAGUCUGCCCUUGCCCCUCACCUCUGUCUGUGCUGGACCUAGGCCAAGCCCGAGGAGGAAGCCUCGGAGGCGGGGGCAGCUGAGCCUGAAAGUCCUGGCCCCAACCCCAGAGAGAAUGAGCGCAGGCUG